CAUUUGAUGAAGAAAUCGAUCCAUCAAAAUUUUGCAUAUGCUCGGGUUCUGAUAUCAACAGUGUGUGUAGGAGAGGGAGGUGUGAGUGUAAACCUGGGUUUGCACCGGAUCAUAUGGGUAACUGUGAGAAAGUGCUGGGAAUGGAUUGCAAUCAUGACCUGGAUUGCGCAAGUUACGUAUAUGGCAGCCAUUGUGUCCUUGACGAGCCUUUUGGGACAGUGUGCAAAUGCAAACCUGGUUGGUAUGAGAGGAAUUUCGAGUGCUCACCUUGCCAUUGCCUUUGUGACGGUAACGGUAACUGCACCAACAGUGGAGAUGACAGGGCCUAUGUGUACUGCACGUGUGAGCCAGCAAGCCGAACAGCAGCGGCCAGUGAAGGGAAGAGAGACAACAUGGGUAAACGCUUCGUCCUGUCAUUCUUUGGAAACGCACUACUGUCGUCUUUCACUUGCACGGACGAUAAAAAAGAUGUGCGUUUGAUGUUAAAGAUGACAAGUUAUAGUGACACCCCUGCUGAUGUCCGAGUGUCCACCCCAUUGCACCCUGACUAUCCACCAGUAUCAGUCAGUGUCCAGAAAGGCAAAGAGACUACGGUGAGCAUGCCAAGAGCGCUUUUCAAGUCGAACGCGACCGGUUUUGCAACAGACAGCAUAUUAGUUGAAAGUUCCCGUGAUAUUGCAGUAUUUGGACUCGAAGAAGGACCCGGUUUCUCCGGCGGAUACCUUGCCCUUCCAGUUGAUGUAUUAGGCCAAGAAUACGUCGCCUUGUGCUCCAUUGACUCACGGCACAGUGAUGAUUAUUCCCAGCAUUCGGAAAUCAUCAUCAUUGCAGUGGAAAACGACACCAGGGUUCGAAUCACCAUGCCAAAGGUAGAGGGUGUUUUUGUAUUAUACAAUGGUAGCGAGUUCACAAGGCACCGUAUGCUGGAAAUCAGGCUGUCCAAGUAUGAAACAUUUCACAUUCACAGUAAGGCGUUCUCUUUAACUCAAACUUUUAUCAAUUCUGACAGGCCCAUUGCCGUGAUAAGCGGUGCCAGAGAACAGUAUGGCUCCACGAAAGAUAUCGUCCUAGAGAUGAUGCCGCCGAUGUCAGCAUGGGGAAGAAUGUACACCAUAUCACCAAGGCAUUCAGAGGACAGCAACAAUUGGACCUUGGUGAUUUUGUCCAGUCGCUCUGAACAGAGUUACGUCGUUGCACAAGGGAAUAAUCAACCAACUUUAUCAGAAACGCUCGAGAGGCAUGUUACGUACGAAACGUAUGCGCAGUCUCUUCUGACCAUUACUGCACUGGAACAUGACCCAAUCCUGGUUGGUGUCCAUACGUCUUGCAGGCAUCACUUCCAAGAUGGAACAACAACAGGGGGGCUAGAUACUGCAGUGGCAACCCCAUUUGAACAGACCCCCAAAAACGUCACCUUUGUCUCGGCUGGAUCGCGUUUAAACGGCGUCAGCAUGAUAUCAAUUUCCUAUUGCCUCAAAACUCUAAUGUUGGAUGGAGGGCAAGUGCACUGGAAUUCAGACCUGUCUAUUAGAACGCCCAUGCUACAACUGAACGCAACCACCGCAAAUGUUGAUAGAGGAACACAUUAUAUAAGUAAUGAUCAGCCACAGGAAGGAGUUCUAGUCUCUGUGUAUGGUUAUGGAGAUAACGUCGGGCAUGCUUUCCCUGCUGGGGCGUUGUAUACUAUAACGCAUCCAUGUCACCCAAGUAUCACAGUGGCCUGGGGAUUUAGUUGA